AGAGCCACGCGAAUCCGCCCAAACACAUUUCGAGCCUCGUAUCCCUUUAAGAAGACUCGGUGUGAUCCUAAUAGAAGCUCCUUAAUAGAGCCCUUUUGGCAGGGAAACCCAAAGCAUUACACUCUCAAGUUCUUCCCAGGGGGAAACUGGGAAUAGCAGGGAAAGAAACCCUUCGGAGGAAUGUGUAGGGUUAAAAAAUACUAAAACACCAAACUACAGUUCCCAGAAACCCAUGCACAGGAAAUGAUGGAAGAAUAUGGUGUGAAUCCGGGUUUGCUGGUGGAAGAGCUCUGAUGAACUCCUCAGAGGCCAUGAACUUCUUGGAGGGGGGCAGCUUGGCUGAAGAGUUUCUGCGCAUUGAACGAGAGCAAAUGGUCCGCCUGGGGGACCUCACCUUCCCAGAGUCAGUUCGAUAUGUUUACAAGCCUCUGGAUUAUGCCUGGGAGCCACACCAAGAUUAUGUGCAUCGAUACUGCCGGUCUCCUAAGGAGGUGCUCUUUCUUGGCAUGAACCCUGGACCUUUUGGUAUGGCACAGACUGGGGUGCCAUUUGGAGCAGUGCAGCCUGUCCGAGACUGGCUCCAGGUACGUGGAGAGGUUUCUAGGCCGGCAUGUGAGCACCCCAAGAGACCCAUCCGGGGCCUGGAGUGCCCCCAGACCGAGGUUAGUGGAGCCCGCUUUUGGGGUUUCUUCCGCUCCCUGUGUGCCAGUCCUGAUGUCUUCUUCCGCCGCUGUUUUGUUCACAACCACUGCCCAUUGCUUUUCGUCAGCGAGAGUGGGCGCAACCUGACUCCGGCAGACCUGCCAGCAGCCCAGCGGGAACAGCUCUUGCAGGUCUGCGAUGAUGCGCUGUGCAAAACGGUGAAGCUAUUGGGCAUUGUGAUGGUCAUUGGUGUGGGACGGUUUGCGGAACAGCGGGCCCGCAAGGCCCUGGCGGCCUCUGGUAUCACCGUGCGGGUUGAGGGAGUGAUGCACCCAUCACCUCGCAAUCCACAGGCUAAUAAGGGCUGGGAUGCUAUCAUGAGAGCAAAACUGGAGGAGCUUGGUGUGAUGCCUCUCAUCACAGGCUGAUCUGCUGAUGGGACCAAGACGCAGUAAAGAAUCCUGUGCUAUUUCUUCCUCGUCCUUUGGGUGUCAUGGCUUCUGGAUAUGCCAGUAACAGAGAAGCUGCUAGCCUUGGGUUAAGACAUUACAAGCAGAGCUGGACAAAGUUAUGAUCUUUAGGCUAUGAGGGCCUGAAGGAUUCCAGGGUCAACAGACCAAAGAAGGAACUUUUUGAAGCUCUGCAUACAGACGAUUCUACUAUGGACACUAUACCCGUCUUCUGCAUACACUACUCUUGUUUGCAGUCCUAGACUGACUUAUAAUUCACUUUUUAAGAUUCUUCUGGAGCCCAGUGGUGAGACAUUUUCUGGACUUGGUCUCUGUCUAUUUUCAUGUGUUUUGGUGCUAAAACUUCUUCAAGGUGAUGCAUAACAGCUCAUGCACUUGCUCUUUUCAAUUGAAUUAUUUUGUCUAUUGUUGAAUUCUUCAUGGUCAAUGCAUAGUCAUGUUGAAUUGUGAAUGUUUCAACAAUAUGUUGGCUAACAUAUGUGGACUUGGUCUCUGUCUAUUUUCAUGUGUUUUGGUGCUAAAACUUCUUCAAGGUGAUGCAUAAGAGCUCAUGCAGUUGCUCUUUUCAAUUGAAUUAUUUUGUCUAUUGUUGAAUUCCUCAUGGUCAAUGCAUAGUCAUGUUGAAUUGUGAAUGUUUCAACAAUAUGUUGGCUAACGUAUUUGGGGAGGGGGGCUUUUCAAUGUGUGAAGCAGCCUAUAUAGUCAAACCUUUGAUUCUUUUGGCCCAGUAUUGUCUGCUCUAACUGCCAAUAGCUCUCUAAGGCCCAUCCAAGGGCACAUCUACACCGACUUGUUAUCCUGAAAGCAGAGUGUAAUCACUUCCAUAGCAACUGCAUGUUGCUAUUGCUGCAGUUCCAGCUGUCUGUAACUAGGAAUGACCAACCUGUUUGAAGAUGGCUAUAAGAUAAUCUGAAGCAACACUGUUGGUUCAUGUCAUUGUUUCUUCAUCUAGGAACUGGGCUUCCCCUAAAAUCCAGUGGUUCUCAUUUUGAUCAUGUACAUGUGUUGGACUUCAGCUCCUAGAGCCCUAACAAGCAUUUCUAAUGGUAGACAAUGUUGGGAAUUGAAGUUCUAUAUAUCACCAUCUGGAGAGCCAAAGGUUGAGAUCCCCUGUCACAACUGAUUGAGAAGUGGAGCAUUAGACCAAAACUGAAUUGAGGAUUCCUGUCUAUAUCCAAGGGGAAAAGCUGGUAUCAGUGCACUGUUCUACUAACAGUAUUUGAACAAUGAUGGACUAAAUGCUGGAUCUCAUUAUAAUGACCACUUUGUUCCUUAACAGGGCCACUGAACCAACUUGUGCAAGUUGGGAACAUUGAGAGUAUGGAUCACAUUAAUCUAUAUUCCAGACUUUGACAUGUUCAGAAAAAGUUCUGUCCGCCUAUCUAAUCUCCAUUUACCACACAACCUCAGACUUUUAAGUGGCAGCUGGGAGCUUGUGAUACUCCAGAUGUUUUGGAUUUCAACUCCCAGAAAGUCAAUGUAGGGGAUUUAUUUUUAACACUGGUUAUGUUGGCUGGAGCUUUAUUAUUGGUGGUUUAAAGACAUUGCCUGAUGCCAUUAUUUUAUUUGUUCCUCACAACAUAGACGGGAGUGACUUUGUGUGACAAGAGAGCUGCUCUCAAGUAGAAUGGAGAAGAAUGGAUUAGUUGACCAAAUCAGUGGUCUUAUCUGGAAUAAAACAGCUUAAUCUAUUGAAAGAUGUAGCUCGCUAGCUACUGUUCAAAUGUAGUUCAGCUGAUGUUACUAUGAUCUGUUUUUUUUAAUGGGGCAUUCAUUUUGGCUCCCUCACAUCACUGUGCCUACUUUAAUUAUGAAAAACAAGUGUGAGACUUGAAAAGUUGGGGCCUUUUCUAACAGCAUUUGUAAAAUUUGUCACAAUUGAAACUGAAACUGAGGUUGGGGGAUUUCUUUAUGGGAAUAAAGAUCCGGCCAGCCUGCAGUUUAAUGACAGAAUACUAUCAUGAGAUCAGCAUUCUGAUUUGCAAAAAUGGGGCAAUUUCCUUACUUUUCUUCAGGAUUAUGUGUCUAGUGUGUCCUUGUGAUGCAGAAUAUUAGUGUUCUGUGAUAAGAAAAUUAUCCCCUUCCCCCACCAUGAUGGCAAAAAGAAAAAGAUGAAAUAUAACUGUUGUGAACAAUGGGUAUUCUAGAUUGGGUUAUUAAAUUGUAUGCUAUUACACACUCAAGAAAAGUAAAACUGUGCCUAUUCUUUCAUGUUCUCAAAAAUGUGUUAAUAAAUAAUUUUUAUUAUUUUGUUAAAAUUUCAUGUGCAAAAAGAAAGUAUGUUAUGUAAACAUUUUUGUGUACAAAAGUAUUCUUCUUUGCAGAAGACAAUGUUUAUGUGCAAAUGAAAAUUCUGCAAAAAAAACCAUCUGAGAAAUGUACAAAAACCUUUAUGAAGUGUCAAGAUGUGUAAAGGUCCUCUUUCUUGUCAAGGACUGACAUCCGUUGUUGAUAACACUAUGUAACACAUUUUUUUGUUCCUGUGUUAUAAAUGUCGUUUCCUAAUUGGUUCUAUCAUAAAAACAUGGAAAAAGUUUAUUAAACUGCAAAGCUUUGUUUUUGCAGGACAUCCUGCAGCAUA